UGCCUACAACACGAUUAAUAAAUCUGGUUUCCUGUUGCUAUCUUUUGACAGUCAACAAAGAGAACAACCUUAGCUCCCAAGAAUUUAAGACACAAACAACCCCACCAAUUUCUCAAAGUAGGGCUGGCAAUGGGGAUGAUGAGGCUUUCCAAAUGCUUGGUGUCGUUGUUGUUUCUUGUGGCUCUGUCGGGAUUCACCCAUGGAUUUGUGAUGUCGCCUCGCACUUUGCUUAACCGCUUCUCUCAAAACAGCAAUUAUUAUUUAACCACUGAAGAGCACUGGUUCGAUCAGACUCUCGAUCACUAUUCUCCUUACGACCACCGGCAAUUUAAGCAACGUUACUAUGAAUUCCUUGACUACUUUCAAGUUCCCGAUGGACCCAUUUUCUUAAAAAUUUGUGGGGAGUCUUCGUGCAAUGGCAUAAGCAAUGACUAUCUCGGCGUUUUGGCCAAGAAGUUUGGGGCUGCCGUGGUUUCACUUGAGCAUCGUUACUAUGGGAAAAGCAGCCCUUUUAAGUCACACACAACGGAAAAUCUGAAAUAUCUUUCAUCUAAGCAGGCUCUCUUUGACUUGGCUGUUUUCCGUCAAUGGUAUCAGGAAUCCUUAAACUUGAAGCGAAGUAAAACAGGUGCUGAGAAUUCAUGGUUUGUUUUUGGCAUUUCAUACUCUGGUGCUCUUAGUGCAUGGUUUCGUCUUAAGUUUCCUCAUUUAACAUGUGGAAGCCUGGCAAGUUCUGGUGUUGUUCUUGCUGUUUACAACUACACUGAUUUUGAUAAGCAGGUUGGUGAGUCAGCUGGUCCUGAAUGCAAAGCCGUGUUACAAGAAAUCACUGAACUUGUUGAUCGAAGUCUUGAAUCAAACAGAAAAGAACUGAAGAAGCAGUUUGGCGCAGCUGAGCUUGAGAUUGAUGGUGAUUUCCUUUAUUUCCUGGCAGAUGCAGCUGUUAUUGCGUUUCAAUACGGAAAUCCGGAUGCAUUAUGCACCCCUCUUGUUGAAGCAAAAAAGGCUGGAGAGGAUUUGGUGGCUGUCUAUGCCAAAUAUGUCAAAGACUUCUACGUUGGAACUUUUGGUGUCAGUGUUGAAACUUAUAAUCAGAAUCACUUGAAGAACACUGCUGUUAAUGAAGGUAGUUCCGAUCGGCUAUGGUGGUUUCAAGUGUGUACUGAAGUGGCCUAUUUCCAGGUGGCACCCUCAAAUGAUAGCGUCCGCUCUUCCAAAAUUAAUACAAAAUACCACUUGGAUCUUUGCAAGAACGUCUUUGGAGAAGGCAUCUACCCAGAGGUUGAUAUGACAAAUAUAUACUAUGGAGGAACAAAAAUUGCAGGUUCAAAAAUCGUUUUUACAAAUGGCUCACAGGAUCCAUGGCGCCAUGCUUCCAAACAGACAUCAUCGCCAGACAUGCCUUCGUACAUUAUUACUUGUCAUAAUUGCGGCCAUGGAACUGAUAUGCGAGGAUGUCCCCAAUCGCCUUUAAGCAUUGAAGGUAAUGCUGAGAACUGCAGCGCCCCUGAUGCAGUGAACAAGGUGAGGCAAAAGAUGAUAGAACACAUCGACUUGUGGUUGUCUGAGUGCAAGGGCACGGGUAGGAGCUCCAUGUAAACUUGUCGGGCAUAAACCCAGAUAUGUAAAUGCAAACCCAUAAAUAAACCAUUAUGUUUUUGUAUGUGACGUUAUGAACAGAACUGACAGCCAAGGCAUUGCCGGUGUUAUUCGUCUGUAACAUGUACUUUACACUCAGUUCCCUUUUCAUGUAAUACAUGUCUGGCAUCAUAAUAAUCAAAGAACAAUAUUUGCAUGGCUU